UACUGCGUAAAUCUGUCUACACUCGACUCUCCAUGGUCAUCAACAUCAUUGCUGCCCUGUGAUGAAGCAGGCUGCCACAAGCAAGUAUGAAGCUUGUGUCGAUUAUCCUUUUCGUGCUUUUGCAACAUGCAGCGGCCAACGUAGAGAAGACGAUCUUCAUCUCGCCUCAAGCCCAGCCACCCCCCAAGGAUGCCAGUAUCGACAAUCUCCUGCUUGUUCCUCUUUCAGAGGGGCUUUCUACGUUGCGGACUGAGCUGGAAGCAAGCUUUCCAACUGAAAGCGAGCCACACGGAACAAUUCAUUGGUUUCUUCUGGAGGGACUGCAACCAACCUCGCGUUACGAAGUACGCAUCUGCUGGAUGGCCACACAACCUACUUCCUUCUCGCUGAUUGCCUACGAUGUGGACACAGCAUUUGCGCAUUCUGGACUGCUGACGUCCUUGAGUGACUACUCUUACAAACGACAUGAGAAGCUUACUGAAGCUGACGAACAACUCCUUCAUCAGCGAAAAGCUUCCCCCACCGAAAACUCGACCUUUCUCUUCCUCCAGAUCCUUGCCGCAGCGGACUAUUAUAGUCUGAACGACACUUUGAUGACAACGCCACCUCCCGUUGCGGUCGACAUCAUCUUAGACCGGUACAUCUUGAAUGUCUUUCCUGAGUCCUUGCUUCCAACCGGACUGUAUCUAACGCUGCUUGCCGCUGGAGCAUGGUUCCUGUCUCGUUGGAUAUCAGCUCUACUCGUGAGACCAUCGAGUGUGGAGGAGGUUUCAAAGAAGACAAAUUAGAGCAACAUGGCUCGUUGUUGGAAUUCUUUGCCGCUCAACGUUCAAGCUCACUCCAUCGGAGAUUGAU